AUGGACACAGCGUCGUUGUACCAGCCGUAUCGAGGAUCAAACUCUGUGUCAUCCGCAUAUUGUGUCUGGGAGCUCGCUGUACACGUCAAACAUGUUGAAGUGUUCAGUUUCGUCCACCCAGUUUCGUUCGAUGGGAGGAAUGUGUCGGACAUCCUGGAGCUUGCGGGAGGGUUGAACGUCUCUGCGGUGAAGCCCGGUGCUUGGGUGUAG